CAUAGGGACGAGAGCUUGUCCCGACAUUUCAUGAUCAUCUCUUACGCGAUCUACGUGGAACUCGAAAUAUUAAGUUAUAAUAAGUAAUAAAAAUCUCUAUUCGAUAAUGUGGUGGUGAUUGAUAUAGAUUUGUUAAAUGGUGUUUAAGUGUUAAUCAAUAGGAAAUAUGGGGAUUUGAAAAUUGACUAUUAAUUAGGGAAAUAAAGUGAAAAGUAUCUGUUUCAAGAUAAAGUCGAUUGCGUAAACAUGCAAAACAAAUUUUUGAUUGACUGAAAAGGUGAGUCUGAACAAAAUGUUAAUGAGAGACUCAAGUGACAGUUGGUGAGAGAUAAGUGUGUGAUGGUGGAAUCAGUAGUCGCAGCAUGACCACGUGGAUGGCGCUGUUCGGGCUAGUGUGGCUGCUGCGGGUGCGCGGCUCGCUAUGUGGGUGCGCCGCGUGCAAACGCGCGCGUCACGAGGUACCUGACGCACAUUGCGUACCCACACCACGCACGCCCAGCCCAGAGGAGCGCGCGCCUUUUGACGUCAUCGCGCUCGAGAACUACACACGCGAUGUCACCGUGCAGACCGACUUUGAUGAUGACGAAGUCGAAGAUCUCGAUAAGAUUGAGUUGCAGAUCACCGAAGAAUCUAACGUCAGCAACUAUGAAUGUGGGAGGGAACAAGCAACGGCAAGUCCGGGAAGUGGCCGUCGACUCUCAGGAAGUUGCCAGAAUCCUUCAGACUCCGAUAACGAGUCCGUGUGGGAGACAACAGACGUGACAUUGGAAAGGGGCGCUGGUGGACUGGGCCUUAGUAUAGCUGGCGGUGAAACCGGCGGUGACGUCAGCAUAACACGGCUAGCCGCGGGAGGAGCCGCGAAAAAAGAUGGUCGCUUGCAGAUAGGAGAUAUUUUAUUACAGGUAAACGACAUUUCAUUGGAAGGAGCACCCCAUUCUGUAGCGGUGGAUGCUUUACAGAAAGCCGGGAAUGUUGUUAGAUUACGAGUACGUCGCGCGCGGCGGCCUAGGGUGGUGACACUGUGGCGAGGCGCCCGCGGACUCGGUCUGGGCAUAGCAGGGGGCGCUGAUGACGCUGCUGGCGGCGGAGGCGUUUUUGUGUCUCAUAUCGCUGUCGGUGGAGCUGCACAUCAUGAUGGUAGAUUAAGGCUAGGAGAUAAAAUAUUGGCAGUCAGAGAUGAAGAUGGUAUCGAAACCUCACUAGUGGGUGCAACUCAUGCCCAAGCAGUAGCAGCUUUGCGAAGUACAGGAGAACAUGUCACAUUGGUCGUUCUACCCGCUGGAUCUAUUUUGCCUGUGGCUCGAACCGCUCCGCUUUAUUCCACAAGAACACAAGCCACUUCGUGUUCAACACUCCACGAAUUGUUAGAGGAGGAGCCAAGUGAAAUACCGAGGUGUGUACGGAUGGUGCGCUUAGUCCGAUCAGGGUCUCGACUUGGCAUGGACAUUGUCGGGGGGCUUGGCGGGGAAGCGGAGGGCGGUAGCGGGGGCGAGGAUGAUGCGUGUGGGGUGUUCGUGUCAGGGGUGACAGUUGGGGGUGCUGCACAUGGGAUGCUGUAUAGGGGGGACAGGAUUCUCAGUGUUGACGGCCGGGAUUUAACACGAGCGACACACGAACAGGCGGCUGCGGCGUUGAAGCAAUACUCGGGCAGCGCGGUAUCAAUAGCGGCGCAGUACCAGCCGGAACAGUAUGAGCGGCUGCGUGCGCGCAUCCGAGCAAUUAACGCCGCCGCAGCGAUGUCGCCGCACCUGCGCCAUGUCACUCACGUGCCGCAGGGCGCACAUGUCCCGGUGCAUCCCGACUUGCAUGCUAUGUACCCGAGGUAGCAGUGAUCUGGCUGUGAAAAUGACAAUUUGAGAACUGAAGUAGUUAGAGAAAAAUAAAAUUAUCCACUGGACUUUUGAUAAUGAUACCAUAAGGACCGAAAUUGUAUUGUUGUAAUUCAUACUUUUCUUUUUUAUUUAGCUUAUUAAAUCUUCCUCUACUGGUUAAAAAUCUUUUUCCUCUAGCGAUAUCUAUUAAUUAAAUUAUAUGUUUUUUUUAAGGAUUUUUUGUAUU